GUCGCGGCGGCGCGGGCGCCAUCCCGGAAGCGUGAGCCAGGCUGGCCGAGGUGCCGCGGCGCAGGACAUGGAGCAGCCCGACUCGGCCUCGAGGCUCUUCUGCGGCCGCAUCCUGAGCAUGGUCAACGCGGAUGACGUCAGCGCCAUCAUCCUGGCCCAGAAGAACAUGCUGGACCGCUUUGAGAAGACCAACGAGACGCUGCUCAACUUCAACCAGCUGUCGGGCGCGCGGCUGCAGCACAUGAGCGAGCGCUUCCUGCAGCACACGCGCACGCUGCUGGAGAUGAAGCGCGACCUGGACAGUGUCUUCCGCCGCAUCAGGACCCUGAAGGGGAAGCUGGCCCGACAGCAUCCGGAAGCCUUCAGCUACAUCCCGGAGGCAUCGCUCCUGGAGGACGAGGACGACGACCCCAUCCCGCCCAGCACCACCACCACCAUCGCCACCUCGGAGCAGAGCACCGGCUCCUAUGAGGACAACAGCAGCCCGGACACCGCGUCGCCCUCCCUCAGCCCGGGCUUCGAGGACCUGUCCCCUGCCGCCCUCAACGGCUGCCGCAGCCCCACGGAGGACGGGGAGACGCCCCCGCCGCGGCCGGGCCAGUAGCCCGACCCUGAGCCCACUGGACUGCCCAGGAGCUGGGGGGCGCAGGGCGGCCCGGGCACAGCAGAGCCACCGCAAUAUUUUUGUAGCCCAUCGCCAAGACGCUGUUGAAGUUCUCAAUAAAAGAGGGCAGCUACGGCAAGGGGAA